CGCUUACAUCUUCAGUGCACCUGGCUCUGCUCCAUAUCUGUACGCUCUCUCUCUCUCUCUCUCGUGGAUUCAUGAUCAGCAAAUUGAAUAAAUGUGUAUCUAUGCUACAUGUUUUCUGCUAAGCUCAACAUUUGAGAUCAAAAUGGGUGAUACAAUGAGGAUCGGUAAUUCAAUGGAUACUACUGGAAAUAGAGAGGGUUCACCUAAGCUGAAUGUAUAUAUUUGGGACAUGGAUGAGACUCUUAUAUUGCUCAAGUCCUUGUUAAACGGAACAUAUGCAGAACCCUUCAAUGGUUUAAAGGAUGUACAGAAGGGUGUUGAAAUUGGGAAGUUGUGGGAGAAACAUAUUCUUCAGGUCUGUGAUGACUAUUUCCUUUAUGAACAAAUUGAAAACUGCAAUACACCCUUUCUUGAUGCCUUCAGCCAAUAUGAUGAUGGGCGGGAUCUCUCUGAUUACGAUUUCAACCAGGAUGGUUUUAGUCCCCCAUGUGAUGACAUCAAUAAAAGAAAAUUGGCAUACCGACAUCGAGUUAUUGCACAGAAGUACAAAAAGGGUAUCCAUGGUAUUUUUGAUCAAGAUAUGAUAAAGUUGUGGGAUGAUCUCUAUGAUGCGACUGAUAAUUACACAGACAGAUGGCUUACUUCUGCUCGAGCCUGUGUGGAGCAGUGUUCAGGUAGGAAUAAAGAGUUAACUUCCGGUGAAGACUCAGCUGGUGGGAUCAGUGACUCCCCUACUAAAUUUCAGCACAUCAAUGUUUUAGUGACUUCUGGUUCAUUAAUACCCAGCCUUGUCAAAUGCUUACUCUUUCGUCUGGAUGACUUGAUAACAUCUGCAAAUGUCUAUAGCUCAUGGGAAGUGGGAAAGCUCCAGUGUUUUUCGUGGAUCAGGGAGCGAUUCAACGGCCCAAAUGUCCAGUUCUGUGUGAUCGGAGAUGGAUGGGAAGAGUGUGAAGCCGCGCAAACCAUGAGAUGGCCAUUCGUUAAAGUCGAUGUGCAACCGGGCAGUUCUCACAGGUUUCCGGGCCUCACUUUGAGAACACUAAACCACUAUUUCUCUGUUGUUUAUGGAAAUGGCGAUGCCAAAAAUGCUGACAACGAAUAGGUCAUUGCAUCGGCUGCAAUAAGUAAGCUGUUCUAAACCCAAAUAUCUAUGUGCAGAGAAUCGGUGAUCGCAUGCGUUUGAAAUGUUUUAUUUUGCAGAACUGUGUGAAUCAGUCAAUCAAACUACCUUGACUUGAUGAGUAGCUCAGAUCCUAGUUGUCUCUGCAGAAAAUAAGUUGUCCCAAGGAAGGAUUUUGUAAAAUCAUCUUGUUAAUUUGAUUUUCCCUUGAAAAUUGCUUAAUAUAUAUAUAUAUAUAUAUUUUUGGCCAA